AUGUCGUCGCGAACGAAGCGUAUGAAGAAGACGUCCUGGGGGGCUCGGGAGCGAGCGGGCAUGAGCUUCCUCAUAGUCGUAGCAUUCUUUGCCGUCUUCGGGUUGAUCAUCCUGACCGAGGUGCUGAUGAUUGACGACCGGGGCCGGGCCGGUAGCAUCAUUGUGCGACACGGCAGCAACGGGGGCCGAUUCGGUGAGUCCGUGCCAGACUACGACGACGUUAAGGAUGACUAUCUGGACGAUACGGGGAUCUUCGUGCGGGAGACCAAGUACGGUAACGCAGUGGUGAAGAAUAUUCUGAAAAAUCAAAAAGAUCUGAAACACUCUAUUGGCAUAUCCGUGCAAACAGAUUCGACCGAACCGCGGAAUCCCCCGGUGGUGCCCUGGGGCCAAAUGUUGCCCUCGAAGAUCGAGCAAACGCUGCCACGCUUCCCGGCCGACAUUAAGCCAACCGACGGCUCCUGGGAGAUAGUUAACGGCACCAGGUACAAGUUUUUCGUCUUUUCCGCCUACUACGAUCGGCGCGAUGGCAAGCUGGUGCGUGUUAUCGGUGCCACCAAAACGCGAGGUCCGGAAAAAGUGUGGUGCCGGUUCUGGUAUCAAACCGGGGUGAACAGUACGAAAUAUCGAUCCGCGUCGGUGAUGGCCCGCGUGAAGAUCAUCCGCGAGAACUGGAACCUGAAGUACAGCGCUUGUUUUAUUUUGUGCCCUAUAAGGGGCCCGUAUCCGGAGAUCCCGCACGCCGUGAGUGUGGUUAGCAAAAUCAGAGCGGCCCCGGGAAAUGUUCUUAUGCUGCGAAACACGGACAACGAUCCUGAUUUCAACAAUCGAACAUUCAGCAACAUACCGAACAGCAUCGGAGUGUGUGUGAAACCGUUACAUUUUAACUACGAUCAGGCGUUAUAUCUGUUGGAGUUUCUUGAAUUAAACAACUUGCUAGGAGUGAGUCACUUUACAUUCUACAACCACACGAUUGGCCCGAAGGCUUCUUGCGUUCUGCAGCAUUACGUGAAUGGCGAUCUGCCACAGCACAUCGCACCGUACGAGGACACCAGCCCUGGGCGGGCUGCCAACAGCAGCACAUCCUUCGUCGCUACCGUUGCCGAAAGCAGCGAUGCACAGUACCACAUGCCUACCAAAUACAAUGAAGACAAUACUGCACAAUUGAAGCCAAAAAUCACUGUAAAUAUUUUGCCAUGGAAUUUACGAAUGCGAUCGCAAAAGGAGAUACGUACCGAGGGGCUAUUUGCUUCGCUCAAUGACUGCUUGUAUCGGAGCAUGUACAGAUACUCACAUGUUGCUUUGAUUGACUUGGAUGAGUUCAUCAUACCACAUCACAAUGACACUUUGAUCGAUCUCAUCACCUGGUUGUCGAAGCGAAUCAACAACCGCAACACGGGAGCUUACUCAUUUCAGAAUGCAUUUUUCUAUCUACAAUUCGCCGACGAUGAACUCGUACACGAAGGGCUCGGAACGCAAGCGAACCUACGGGCGUCGCUAACCACCCAACGGAAAACCCGCCGAAGAUCGAAGUUGCACCCGCAGAAGCAGCGCUCCAAGUACAUCUGCAAACCGGAAGCUGUCAUUGAGGCUGGGAACCACUUCGUCUGGGAGUUUUGCCCCGGUAGGGGCUCUCUAAACGUGCCCGCUGAUGCAGCCAUACUGCAUCACUAUCGGGUGUGUGAAUUCGGUGGAGACGAUUGCAUCAAGACUCCCUCGCUGGUGGAUCGGACGGCUCAUCGCUAUUCAAAGCGGUUGCUGGACCGCGUGGGAACGGUGUACAACUAUCUAAAGGAAUCCUGCAACCUCCCAGACAUUCCCAGAGCACCGACGAAACCGCCGCCUACGCGCAGAAAGGAGCUAAAGAUACGUGUUCCUUUGAGACCGGAGGAUGACAAGAAGGAAGCAACCGAAACAAAUAGAAACGCAGUCAGUGGGGCAUCACCGGAAACGGUGACGGUCCCAAUUGAAGUCAUCCCCAAGACACAUUGA